AUGGACUUCCCGGGCCGCCUCCUCCGCGAGCGUUCGAGCUCCGCGGCUACCCACGAUAUAAUGAACGAUCCGACUCAUGAUACCGGGAAAGGGAAGGAGAGGGAACAUGAAGAACCGGAUACAUGUCGAAUCUGUCGCGGAGAGGGCACGGAACAGGACGAGCUUUAUUACCCCUGCAAAUGUAGCGGUAGUAUAAGAUUCGUCCACCAGCCUUGUCUGGUGCAAUGGCUGGCUCAUUCUCAGAAGAAGCACUGCGAGCUGUGCAAGACUCCUUUCCAUUUCACAAAAGUGUACGACCCGGAUAUGCCCGAGAGUUUACCGACCCUUCUGUUUAUGAAACAACUCUCGAUACACUGCAUUCGCACUGUUGUUACGUGGUUCCGCUGGGUUCUUGUUGCCUUCGUCUGGCUCGGAUGGCUGCCCUGGUCUAUGAGGGCGAUUUGGAGAGCGCUGUUCUGGCUCGCUGAUGGCCGUUGGUCAAGUGCCGAUGCCUCUCAGCAAGGCUAUCACGGUCGUAACAUGUCUACUCCUUUCAACAAUGCAACACUAGCCAUGAGCUCCGUGGCGUCCGAACCCAGUUCGGGUGUGGGAGAAUCCACCCCGUCAGUGUUUGAAUUCUCUACGGGUGAGCCUAUAUUGCUCAAGCUAAUGAGGAAGGCGUUCUCUACGCUUUUAUUUCCCGCCAUGUCAACAAGCUUUGGCUCUAGCAAUUCCUCCAACGUAACGACGACCCCACUCAGACGUCGACCAUCUUGGCUUUCCGAUGUCAAGUUUUUGAAUACACUGACUCCGUCACCCACCAUCAAUAACAUUCUCAUCGAUACGCUCGAGGGCCAGCUCAUCACAUUGCUAGUUGUGGUCUCGUUCAUUCUGGUAUUCCUUAUCCGAGAGUGGGUUGUUCAGCAACAGCCCCUCGACAACAUUGCGGAAGGGGAGCGGGAGGCGGCAGAUCAGUUAAUAGCUAACCAUCGUCCCCAAGUUGAAGCUCCUGAGCCUGAACCUGAACAACCUGAAGACCUGUCAGAAGAAGAAGCCCCGCAAAAUGGACUGGAUGAUGUUCAUGACGACGAAGCCGCUGAUGACAGGAGCACAGCAUCUGGGCAGCCAGACGAGGAGUCCUUAGACAUUGACUCAUCCCAAACUAUACGUGAUUUGCUUGUCGGAGCCGCUGGUGGUCCUGUUACGCCUCGAAGUCCCCAGGUCGACGAGCCACGUUUCACCAUCAAUAUGGAGUUAUACAGGGAUUUACAGCGCCGUUCUAAUGGCGAUCUUGAAGAAAUGUCAAAGAUCAUUCGUGAAGAGGGUCGUAUUGAAGAACUUGUUUCGGGCCACGCACCCAAAAGACACGCGCAGUCGUCCAAUGGCUACCCACGCUCGCGUCUUUCUGAUUCCACCAAUGCAGAUGCAGAGGCUAUGGAUGAGCCGGCUGUGAAUGAGCCUCAUCCCGCUUCGCCAAAUUGGUCUUUUGCCGCGUCGCUUCCGCAUCGGGAUGACUCUGAUUCUGCUGUGGCCAAUAGUUCUCAUGCGUUUUCGAACCAAUCGGAGUUUCAGCAAGCCUUGGCGCCAGAUAUUGAAUUCAACGAGAAUGAAAACAGGGAAGGAGAGACAUCUUCGGGCGCAGCAUUGAUGGCGGAGAGCGGCGGUAACGGAGCAACUGGCGUGGAUGCGGCAGUCGUCAACACUGACUCAGCUGAGGAAGCACGGAAUAUGUCAGACGCCUCGCAAACCCUGGUCGAAGAUGAUGUGGGUUUGGCCCAGCGAGUCAUAAAUUGGUUCUGGGCCGACGUUGUUCCUGAUGAUCCUAACCAGGGACCCGAACCUGACCUGGAAGAAGUAGUGGCUGAUGAACCUGCUGUUGACGAGCCUCUGGUACACCCAGACCAUGACGAUGACCUAGACGCUGAUGCCAUGCUAGCAGAGAUUGACCCGAACGAUGUCGAUGCGGUUGAAGAAGCCGAUGACCUCGAGGGCAUUUUGGAGCUCAUUGGCAUGCAGGGUCCCAUCUUCGGGCUAUUGCAGAACGGGGUCUUCUGCGCGCUAUUGAUCUCUUUCACCGUGGCUGCUGGUAUAUGGCUUCCGUACCUUGCUGGGAAGGUUGCACUCGUCCUUCUAGCACACCCGAUACAGUUCAUCCUUGGUGUCCCUAUGACGGCGAUCUCGGUCUUUGCGGACGUGGUCAUUGAUACCCUCAUUGGUAGCUUGGGAUAUAUCAUGUACUGGACGAACGCUAUUGGCAAAUUGGCUUUUAGUCCUUUUGCGGCCAUUAUUUCUCUUGAUGAAUGGACGAAACCAAUCGCCAGCGCCUCAUUAUCGCUCAUUGAUGCGAGCAGCCAGCGAUUGAGCAGUGUGGCCAAUACUUUCUUUGUUUUCCAUGAAGCCGAUGUCCCCAUGUUCUCAGUACUCUCCCAUUUAGCUCUGAAGAUUCAUGAAGCACGGAUAGCUUCAUUGUUUCGGUUGGCUUUCCUGCUUGGCAAAUUUGUCCUCUACGAUAUUCCGCUGCAAAUUGGACCGUUAACGGUCACCAAGUUACUCUUUCUCACCCAAGACUCAUCGAGUGCCCGCAACCUUCUGAAUUUGGCUCUAGGCCAGGUUUAUGAUGCCAGCCACGAUAUCUACGCCCGAUUUUUCCUGCCCCCAUCAGCCUGGGUCAGUGCGGAUAUCAUAGGCAUCUCGACAGCUGAUGGUACGAUUGACUAUAACCUAGCUGUGUGGGAUACAAAAGAUCGCACUAUUGCUAUAUUCAUGGGCUACAUUCUCGCUUCCGCUAUCGGACUGGUUUAUCUUCGAGCAGCUCGGUUUAUUUCGGGCACUGACGGAGGACAACGUGUUGAGGGUAUGGUUGCAGAAGGACUUCAUCAAGCUGGUGGUGUGAUGAAGGUCAUCCUCAUCAUCGGCAUUGAGAUGAUAGUCUUUCCGUUAUAUUGCGGCGCUCUUCUCGAUGUAGCGCUGCUGCCUCUUUUCGAAAAUGCUACGCUUGCGUCGCGGGUCGAAUUUACAUCAGCAUAUCCAUUGACGUCCCUUUUCGUGCACUGGUUCGUCGGAACCUGUUAUAUGUUCCACUUUGCCCUCUUUGUCUCCAUGUGCAGGAAGACCAUGAGAAGCGGUGUCCUGUAUUUCAUUCGCGACCCUGAUGACCCAACCUUCCACCCUGUGCGCGAUGUACUUGAGCGAAACAUUACCACUCAACUCCGCAAAAUCGCUUUUAGUGCUCUGGUUUAUGGCGCUCUCGUCAUCGUCUGCCUGGGCGGCGUGGUCUGGGGUAUCUACUACGGCUUCGAUGGUGUUCUUCCCGCCCAUUGGUCGUCUACAGAUCCGGUCCUCGAGUUUCCGAUUGAUCUGUUACUAUAUAACUUCGGAAUACCCCUCGCUAUCAAGUUCUUCAAGCCCUCUGAUGGUUUGCACAGCUUAUAUAGAUGGUGGUUCCGAAAGUGUGCCCGCUUCUUACGGCUAUCGGACUUCUUCUUUGGUGAGAGACAUGCUGACGAAGAAGGCCGGAUUUCUCAACCGGAUGACAGUACGUCUUCUGAUAAAUCUGCGACACAGAAGAUUGACAGGCACGUAUCCUUUGAGAGAGUCCAAACAAAGAGGGACGGGAAGUUUGUCAGAGUCCCGGCUUCCGACCAAGUCCGUAUCCCGAAGGGAAGCCCUGUAUUUGUGGAAGUAAAUGAAGCAAACGAACGAAUUGAUGGGAAGCCUGACACUGACCAAGGACUUCAUGGCCGACUCAAUAACCAGUUUACCAAGGUUUACAUUCCUCCUUUCUUUAGGAGCAGAAUCGCGGCCUUCAUCUUCUUCAUCUGGAUGUUCGCCGCCGCGACCGGGGUGGGAAUCACCAUUAUUCCACUGAUCGUCGGGCGCAGAAUCAUGUCCUACUACCUCCCUGGCGUACCCGUCAACGACGUCUACGCGCUAUUCGUCGGCAUGGGGGCUGCCUGCUCUGCUGCCUGCGUCAUGUUAUCAUGCCGGGCUGGUUUCCUUGUGAUGACGGGCCGCUUAGGUCCGUAUCUACAGUCUCCCGAGCAGGUGAUUCGUACAGCGAUGGGCGCCUUACUUAAUGUAACCAGUGUUCUAUAUGUUGUGGCGUCGUUCUUGAUCUUCCUGCCGUCGAUAUUUGCCCUGGCGAUAGAGCUCUACCUACUGGUUCCGGUCCACACAUAUGCCGGCCACGAAAAGGAUCACGUCAUCCACUUCAUCCAGGAUUGGACCCUGGGCGUGCUCUAUGUUCAGAUGGCAGUGAAAUUGGCUCUGUGGCACACUAGGUCCCGACCAGCUGCAGUCCUCAAGGGCAUCUUCCGUGAUGGCUGGCUGAAGCCCAAUGCCAAGCUCACGACCAGAGCUCUGCUCCUUCCUGUGACUCUUCUUGCUCUGGCGGCAAUCACGCUACCGCUCUCCUUUGGGUUUGUAACAAACAUGGUCUUGUUCUCUUCCCGUCCAGAGCUGCAGCCCAAGGUCUACCGCUAUGCUUAUCCUGUUACGCUAGCGGUGGGACUUGUGACCUGGCUCGCUUACCUUGUUUGCCGCCAGGUCGAAGUGUGGAAGGUGAGCAUCCGAGAUGAAUUCUUCUUAAUCGGAGAACGUCUACACAAUUUCCGCGAGAAGCGAGCAAGAGAUGUCGGUGUAUCUCGGCGGGUGAUUACCGGAUGA